UCACCCAUAAAAGGCAAGUCUCAAGUGGAUGGCCCCUUUCCCACCCACCUCAUACUGGUGUGAUGGCUCUCACAGACUACAAGUGACCACUGACUUCUUCCUUUUUCAGUUUUCAGAAACUGUCUUCAUGGCCAUUUACUUCGCUGAAUUUUUUUUAAAGAUUUUUGUGGCACCACUCAAGUACUGGAAGAAUCUGUACAACAUGCUGGAUUUUUGUGUUCUUUUCAUUGCUUGCAUUCCUUGUUGCCUCACCAAGCUGAAACAUGGUUACUUAUAUGCCAGUAUUGCCAGUGGAGUCCAGUCUCUUCGGAUCCUCAAGCUGAUCUCCUACUGUCGUGGAAUGAUGCCAUGAGGUGGAGAGAGAGAUGGCCUGGCUGUUUUCAGGGAAGAAACAUGGAGAAAGCAUCAGCAAGGGGUCAGAGCUUCAAGAGACG